UUCUCGAUUUCCUGUCGAAUUUGGGACAAAAUCACUUUCCUAACCUUCUACAAGGAUCCCAUACCUCUUGUUCUCCGAAGGCCCUCCAAAGCCUUUUCGAGAUAAGGCUCCUUGGGGUGAAGGGCUGGUUCCCAACUACCACCUGAAGACUGGCUAUAUUGAUGACCCCCGCCCCCAUUCUUCUACCCUUUUCCCCAUCGCCUCCAAACACACACAACCUUGGAGAUUGGGAUCUCUUCAAGUUGGUCCCCUCUCCUAUUCACAGUGCUCCCAGAGCAAGGUCCACACCCCUUCCAAUUUUCUCUCCACCUGCCUUUCUCUCACCUUUAGAACUUUGCCUAUGUUUGGAAGGAAGGUAGAAUGCGGACCUUAGGAGAGAAAUUGUACCUGGAGGCUAAGGAAUAAGGGACUAAAAGUGAAGGCUGAGGUGGGGGUAAUGGGAGAGGCAGCAGAUGAACGAAGCCCUGGAGUCUUCCCUUACACCCUCCGCCCAGCCCUUGGCAGCGGUCCCCUCCUCUGCGGGCACUGGAGAGUUAAGCCAAUAGACACGUAAGCGCCGUUCCCUCCCCAAUCCCUAAGCUGUUUCUCCUGCACUUAGCUGCAUCGCCUGCCUGCUACAUUCGGCAUCCUCUCCGGCGGCUGCGGCUGACAUCCAGCUGCUGGGUCAGGGCUCCCUCUUGAUUGCCAUUGCCAAUAUUCAUUAUAUGGACUCUAAGCUUUGCUCCCCCUCCUUCUCCUCCUCUUCUUCCUCCUCCUCCUCCUCCUUGUCCUCCUCCAGUGCGUGCUGCUGGGUCUGAGCUUGCAGCCCUAGCAGGGCAGAGCCGAGGAUCGCCUGGUGGAGGAAGGAGCAGCAGCGGCAGCUGCUAGUUGAUUAGGCUGCUCGCUGCUCUCCAGCGAUUCUCCUAGGCAAGCCCGCCCGGGACAGCCGAACCCCGGCUGCCUCCCUCGCCCCACCCUACCCACUUUUGGCUCCUCCGGGGGUUCUAGGGACCCUCGUCUCCAGCUGCCACUAUGCUGGACCCCUCGUCCAGCGAAGAGGAAUCUGAUGAGAUCGUCGAGGAAGAGAGCAGCAAAGAGGUGCUGGCCUCCGGCUCCUCCGGGGCGCGCCUGUCGCCCAGCAGGACCAGCGACGGCGCGGGCGGCGGGGCCGGACUCGGCGGCGGGGCGGGUGCUGGGGCUGGCGGUGGCGCUGGAGGCAGCGCGGCUGCCGGCGCCGGGGCCGGGGGGCUGCAGCCGGGCAGCCGAAGUGGCGGCGCGGGCAGCGGCGCGGGCGGCGGCGGCGGCGGCCGGCCCUCCAGCCCCAGCCCGUCAGUGGUGAGCGAGAAGGAGAAGGAAGAACUGGAGCGGCUGCAGAAGGAGGAGGAGGAGCGGAAGAGGAAGCUGCAGCUCUAUGUCUUCGUGAUGCGCUGCAUCGCCUACCCCUUUAACGCCAAGCAGCCCACCGACAUGGCCCGGAGGCAGCAGAAGAUCAGCAAACAGCAACUACAAACAGUCAAAGACCGUUUCCAGGCCUUCCUCAAUGGAGAGACUCAGAUUGUGGCUGAUGAAGCCUUCAUGAAUGCUGUUCAGAGUUACUAUGAGGUAUUCCUUAAGAGUGACCGGGUGGCUCGAAUGGUACAGAGUGGUGGGUGCUCAGCCAAUGACUCCAGGGAGGUCUUCAAGAAGCACAUAGAAAAGAGGGUGCGCAGCCUUCCAGAAAUUGAUGGCCUCAGCAAGGAAACUGUGUUAAGCUCCUGGAUGGCCAAAUUUGAUGCCAUUUACCGUGGAGAGGAAGAUCCCCGGAAGCAACAGGCCCGAAUGACUGCCAGUGCUGCCUCUGAGCUAAUCCUGAGCAAGGAGCAGCUCUAUGAAAUGUUUCAGAACAUCCUAGGAAUCAAGAAAUUUGAACACCAGCUCCUGUACAAUGCCUGUCAGUUGGAUAACCCCGAUGAGCAAGCCGCCCAAAUCCGCCGGGAGCUGGAUGGACGCCUCCAAAUGGCAGACCAAAUAGCCAGGGAACGCAAGUUUCCUAAAUUUGUGUCCAAAGAAAUGGAGAAUAUGUAUAUUGAAGAACUGAAAUCAUCAGUCAACUUGCUAAUGGCAAACUUAGAGAGUAUGCCAGUAUCGAAAGGAGGUGAAUUCAAGCUUCAGAAACUGAAACGAAGCCAUAAUACAUCCAUCAUUGACAUGGGAGAAGAGAAUGAAAACCAGCUUUCCAAAUCAGAUGUCGUGCUGUCCUUCUCCUUGGAGGUUGUAAUCAUGGAAGUUCAAGGCCUAAAGUCUUUGGCCCCCAAUCGCAUUGUGUACUGUACCAUGGAGGUAGAAGGUGGAGAAAAACUCCAGACAGACCAAGCUGAAGCUUCCAAGCCAACGUGGGGGACACAAGGUGACUUCUCCACAAGCCACGCCCUGCCAGCUGUAAAGGUGAAGCUGUUCACAGAAAGCACAGGUGUCCUGGCCUUGGAGGACAAAGAACUCGGUCGGGUUGUUCUCCGUCCUACCCCUAACAGCCCCAAACAGUCAGAAUGGCAUAAAAUGACCGUUUCCAAAAACUGCCCUGAUCAAGAUCUGAAAAUUAAACUUGCUGUCCGGAUGGAUAAACCUCAAAACAUGAAGCAUUCUGGGUACUUAUGGGCCAUUGGUAAGAAUGUCUGGAAGAGAUGGAAGAAAAGGUUCUUUGUAUUAGUCCAGGUCAGCCAGUACACAUUUGCGAUGUGCAGCUAUCGAGAGAAAAAGGCCGAACCUCAGGAACUCCUGCAGCUGGAUGGCUACACCGUAGACUACACUGACCCCCAACCAGGGUUGGAAGGGGGCCGAGCCUUCUUCAAUGCAGUCAAAGAAGGGGAUACAGUGAUUUUUGCCAGCGACGAUGAACAAGACCGUAUCCUGUGGGUCCAAGCCAUGUACCGAGCCACUGGCCAGUCCCACAAGCCUGUACCCCCAACUCAAGUUCAAAAGCUAAAUGCCAAGGGAGGAAACGUACCUCAGCUAGAUGCACCAAUCUCUCAAUUUUAUGCAGAUAGAGCUCAAAAACAUGGCAUGGAUGAAUUUAUCUCUUCCAAUCCCUGUAACUUUGACCACGCUUCCCUCUUUGAGAUGGUGCAGCGCCUAACUUUGGACCACAGACUAAAUGAUUCCUAUUCUUGCCUGGGCUGGUUCAGUCCUGGCCAGGUAUUUGUACUAGAUGAGUACUGUGCACGAAAUGGAGUCAGAGGCUGUCACAGACAUCUCUGCUACCUCAGUGAUCUCCUUGAACGAGCUGAAAAUGGAGCCAUGAUCGACCCCACACUGCUUCACUACAGCUUUGCCUUCUGUGCAUCUCACGUUCAUGGGAACAGGCCUGAUGGAAUAGGAACUGUGACAGUUGAGGAAAAAGAACGCUUUGAAGAAAUCAAAGAGAGACUCCGAGUUCUUCUGGAAAAUCAAAUCACGCAUUUUAGGUAUUGCUUUCCAUUUGGCCGACCUGAAGGCGCGUUAAAAGCUACACUCUCUCUUUUGGAAAGGGUUUUGAUGAAAGACAUUGUUACCCCAGUGCCACAAGAGGAGGUAAAAACGGUCAUCCGUAAAUGCUUAGAGCAAGCCGCGUUAGUCAACUAUACUCGUCUCUCAGAGUAUGCCAAAAUUGAAGGGAAAAAGAGAGAAAUGUAUGAGCAUCCUGUCUUCUGCUUGGCCUCUCAAGUGAUGGAUUUAACCAUUCAAAAUGUAGGCCGCUUAAUCACCCCUGCCAAAAAACUAGAAGACACAAUACGCUUGGCGGAAUUAGUCAUUGAAGUCCUCCAGCAAAAUGAAGAGCAUCAUGCAGAGGUGAGUAGCAUCACGGUGCGGUGGACAUUGGUUUUCCCUAAAGAUAAAUCUCCCUGGGCACAAGAACAUUUUUCCCCCUGUGCCAAAUGAUGGAUUGGAGGUGUUACCAUAUUUUUUUGUGCAGCUGGGCUUGCUAGACCCUGGUUAAGAGACAAAAAGGCUUUGACUCCAAAGGUUUGCGGAGGUAAUUCAUCUUCAAGAGUGGUCUAUGUCUUGUCCAUUUGGACUCCAUUUUCUGGUGUUUUUAGCCAUGAAUAGGACAAGGUAAGUCUAGCCCAGGAGCAAUGACUCCCAAAUUCAUUCCAUUCUCACAAUUCAGAGUUGGUCCUGGGGUGUGUUUUAGUCCUUUUUGUUGCUGGUGGCGGUGUUUGCGUUGGUCCUUUGCGGUGUGGAUAGUAGGCAGUGUUUUCUAAUUUGUUGCUAAGCUUUGCUGCUGUACACUAGACUCUCCAUUUGUUUUCUAGUUUACCUCAGGUUGCUAAUGCUGUGACAAGAUGGCUCUUACUCUGUGUUGCUCACCAUGUAGGUUUUCCAAUACACACCUCAAUCAGUAAAGCUUAUCUCUUUUGUCAGACUCUCCAAAAGGCCAAUUUAAUGGUAUGUGCAAUGCCACAAAAUGUCACUUCUAACAAAAUCCCAAACCUGUGAAGAUCUAACCCCAUAGGUCCAGCUUUUGCCAAUUCAUUAUGUCCCGACUGCUAUCAAAUUACUCAUUCCUAAACUCGGAUUUGACGAUGCUCUUUUCUACAUCAUCCUUUUUUUUUUAAUGAUUCAUUCACUCUCUUUCCCUCAAUGUUUAGAAGGGUCUCAUUGAAGGCGCUCAAUAAAUGCAAUUUUGCAGUCACCUAAAAAGAUAAUUCAGACAUCUAAUGAACCUUGACAGUAAAAUUCACUAAUAUUUAACAUACCAUAAAUGCGCCAGUCCCAACUAAUGCCUGAUUGCAUAUUUAAAUUUCCUCCCUGUUUUUCUACUGUUCAUUCAUUCUUGGAUGAUCCGGGCAGGGAAAAGAGGUAUGUGACUAAACUGAAUGAAACAAGUCACCUCCUGUCAUACUCUGUGCAUGCCCUCUUAACGCCGCGUUUUCCGAUGGGAUUUUACCUGGGCGCUCCUUGCUUUGUAACUCUGCCCCCCAAAAGGAAUGUAACAGCACCUUCAGAUGAACUGCUUUUGAAAUUGGUUUCCCUCCACAGAAGCGUAAAUGUGGGGCAGUGAUCUGAUCCAUGCAUGAAGCAAUCAGUAUAUUGAAAAAAGGACUGCAGUUACAUCCCAACACAACCCUACCUGCCUGGACUCUUUCCUUACUUAGCCUGUCGUAUUUACCUGUGUUGGUCUGCACCUUUAUUAUGCCAGAUGAGUAGUGAACUUAGUAACCAGUAGCUAGCUAGAAUGGUACUAAUCUUCUUCUAAUAUUGUCUGUAUGUGAAUCCUAUAUACGGUAUUUAUAUAUAGAGAGAGUGGCUGAGUGGAUAUUUCCCCCAAAAUUCAGGUGGACCGCCAUUACAUUUCCUUAAGAUCAAGAGGAUGACUUCAAAGCAAUGUCAAGUUUUGAGCAGCAGUGAAGAAUACACUUGAAAAGUGAAGUAAAAUUCACAGGAUUGGGUCACUUUUAGCCCCUUGCCUUGCCCCUCAGUCAUAGUCUGCCCAAGAUGUCCACUGAUUUUUUUUCCUGACUUUGGCUAAAGAUCUUUCCAUAUUGGCCAUGCUGUUGGUUCAAAUGGCAGCCAGUGUAUUCUUCAAAAGAGUGUAGGUUUUCCCAGUUCUUUCUCAAUUGGAAGUAACAGAAGCUUUCCCCCAACAUGCCAACCCUUGUGGAAUAGCCACUAUUCUCAAUAUUUUAUUGUGAUGGCUUCUGAAUCAUGAGCCACAUUGAGUUCUAAGUGAGUUAUUUGCAAAACCGAUCUGUAGUGUGGGGGGAAAAGAUACAAUAAUAUUUCACAAAGUUGCAUCCAAAGAGUUAAUAGAGAAAAGUCUAGCCUUCUGGGAAAAGCAUGAAUUUUGGAAAGAUUUUUUUUCAGGCUUCUCACCAUUAUCUAAAACUAUCUUGAUAAUGAUUAUCACAAAGCCUUUUGCUCUUAUGUAUUAAAAAAAAUUAUUGUCCUAGAUGAUUCCAUGAGAUAGAACACAAGUGAAUUCAUAGAUUUGUUUUCAGGACUGGAAAUCCAGAAACUGAGUUACCUUGUAUAAAAGGUGCUUUUAAUACAGUUGAUACUAUAACCUAAGUGUAUUUACACUUUAGUAGAAACAUCCCAACCAAAUUGUAAACCUACCUAACUUCAUUCCAUUGUAUUUGUUGAGUCCCUACCUCUCUGCUUAGCUCCAUGCUCGUCUAGACCUAUAAGAUGAAUAUAAGACACAAAUUCUUGUCCUCAAGGAGCUUACAACCUAGUUAGAGCAAUACAUGAAGAAUGGAUGUUAGUGUGGAAGUUCUCUCCACAAAAGCAAAAUUUCUCACUCUUUGUUUUAGUAGGUAACUCCUAGAUAGUUACCGAAGCACAGAGGCCAAGUUAUACUAGCAUUUUAUAUUAUCAUUGUGGGGUUAGUAUUAUUGUUACUCUGAGGAAGGUUUCAUUGUUAUUAUUAUUGCUAAUAAUAGCUAACUAAUAUAAUAUUUACUAUGUACUAAACACUUUAUAAUUAUUGUCUCAUUUUGAUACAACAACCCCUAGAGGUAGGUCCCAUUAUUAUCCCAUUUUACAGAUGAGGAAAGUGAAACAGACUGAGGUUAACUGACUUGCCCAGACUCACAGAGUUAGUGUCUGAGAUUGGAUUUGAACCUAGGUCUUCCAGGCUCCAGGCCCCCUAUAUCCAUGGUGCUACUUAUCACAUAAAGGGCUUAGGGCAGGAUUUGAAUCCAGGAAUCCUUUAGCCCAAGUCUAGCAUCCUAACAAUGCCACACAUAAAAAAGAAAA